GUGAAGCUUUAUGUGUGUGAGGGAACAACAUGGCUUCUUGGGAGUAUUCACAUAAAUACAGACUUUGAGUUGUGACAGGAAAAUCAUCCUUCCCCACUGUCAUGGCGCAGGGGGUAACUGGCAGCGUGACAGUUGCGCUCCAUCCCCUCGUCAUCUUGAACAUCUCCGAUCACUGGAUACGCAUGAGAUCCCAGGAGGGGCGCCCGGUGCAGGUUAUCGGAGCCCUAAUCGGGAAGCAGGAGGGCAGAAACAUUGAGGUGAUGAACUCGUUUGAGCUGCUUUCUCAGAUUAACGAAGAAAAGAUCACCAUUAAUAAAGAGUACUAUUACACCAAGGAAGAGCAAUUUAAGCAGGUGUUUAAAGACAUGGAGUUCCUGGGUUGGUACACCACGGGAGGAACCCCCGAUCCAUCCGACAUCCAUGUACACAAGCAGGUCUGUGAGAUUAUCGAGUCCCCUCUAUUCCUCAAGCUGAAUCCCAUGACCAAACACACAGAUCUUCCAGUCAGUGUCUAUGAAUCUGUGAUUGACAUUGUGAAUGGGGAGGCCACCAUGCUUCUAGCGGAACUGUCCUACACUUUGGCCACAGAAGAAGCAGAGAGGAUCGGGGUGGAUCACGUAGCCAGGAUGACCGCCACGGGAAGUGGAGAGAACUCGACAGUGGCGGAGCAUCUCAUAGCUCAGCACAGCGCCAUCAAGAUGUUGCACAGCCGCGUCCGGCUCAUCUUGGAAUAUGUUAGGGCGGCCGAGGCGGGGGAGGUGCCGUUUAAUCACGAGAUUCUACGAGAAGCCUCUGCUCUGUGCCACUGUCUCCCUGUCCUCAGCACGGACAAGUUCAAGAUGGACUUCUAUGAUCAAUGUAAUGAUGUGGGCUUGAUGUCUUACCUGGGCACUAUCACCAAGACGUGCAAUACCAUGAACCAGUUCGUCAACAAGUUCAACAUCCUUUAUGACCGCCAGGGGAUUGGCCGACGUAUGCGCGGUCUCUUCUUUUAGGAUCCGGGGUUUUGGCUGGCAUAUGCGUGGUCUCUUCUUCUAGGAUCCCUGGGUAUUGGCUGGCAUAUGCGUGGUCUCUUCUUCUAGGAUCCCUGGGUAUUGGCUGGCAUAUGCGUGGUCUCUUCUUCUAGGAUCCCAGGGUAUUGGUCGGCAUAUGCGUGGUCUCUUCUUCUAGGAUCCCAGGGUAUUGGUCGGCAUAUGCGUGGUCUCUUCUUCUAGGAUCCCAGGGUAUUGGCUGGCAUAUGCGAUGGACUCAGUAGAACAAUUACACAGCUCCCAUGCCUGCGUUAAGUGACUCUGUAAUAGAACAUCCCGCCUUCGUUCUUUUUUUGGUUCUUAGUCCAAGAGACAUGGACAAUAAAGCUUGAUGUUAACACCUACA